AUGUAUGCUUCAUGGCCACCAAAUAUUCAAUAUGCGCUUUGCAAACCUAAAAUUUUUGUCUAUGACAUUCCAAUAAAGCUGCAAAAUCAAAGUUAUUAUAAGCGUGCUAUUUGCACUGGCUCGAAUUAUAAUUCAGAAGUCGUACUUUAUGAAAAGCUUCUUAAACCAGGCAAAAUUAGAGAUUUAUAUGUGACAGAGGAUGCAGAAAAAGCAGAUUUUUUUUUAAUACCGUUUUUUGGAUCGUGUUAUUUAAUGAAUUGUUGGGACAAUAAUAAUUGGAAUUGGACAAAAAGAUGCAAUGUAGAUGAUAAUUAUGCAAUACCUCUUAUGAAUCAUAUUAUUCAGGAUUUUCCGUACUGGAACAGAACAAACGGAAAAAAUCAUAUCAUGAUACACCCAAUGGAUCAUGCAUCAUUAUAUUAUAAUACCACACGACCUUUAAUGCUUAAUUCAACAUUUCUUACCACGGUUGGUGAUAAAAGACCUUGUUGUCAGUAUAACCAUGUGGAUAAAAGAGUGUCCGAUAUAGUUGUACCAUCUACCACGCGUAUAUUAAACGUGGCAAAUAUUAACCCUGGUGAUUAUUUAAAUCCGGAUGGUAAUCCUUAUAAUAGAGACAUCUUUGCUACAUUUAGAGGAUGUUGCAAGUCCACCAAACCAGAUGAUGUAUAUUCCCUUGGCAUUAGGUCGUUAUUAUUUAACGGACUAGCUAAGUUACCUAGGUAUGAUAUUGACGAGGAAAACGGCCAUACACACGAGGAAUAUGCAAGACUUUUAUCAAGGACGAAAUAUGGACUUACGCCGCAAGGAUGGACAUUAGACACAACUAGGCUUUGGGAAUAUUUAGCAUUUGGAGUGGUUCCGGUAAUUAUAUCUGAUGGUAUAAUUUUACCAUUUGAAAAUGAUGUCGAUUGGCACAGUUUUUCGGUAUUCAUAAAAAGAUCAGACGCGCAUUUGAUUGAUAAAAUUCUACUUUCAAUACCGGAAGAUGAAUAUCAAAGGAAAAGAAAACGUGUUUGGGAAGUAGGGUCAAAGAUUCUUGUACAUAAAUAUUCGUGGCAUUAUAUUGCCAGGGAGCUUUGCAGAAAAAUGGAGAAAGCUGAAUUAACCAAAAUAGAUUUAGAUUAA